CGCUGCAGUUCGCCGUGGUUUGUAAACAAACGAGAAACGUUUCGGUGCAGUUUUUUACCGUUUUUACGAGUUUUUCAUCAGUUUUCCCCUGGAAUUUGUGUGGCCAGAACCAUGGCCAGUCGCCGGAAGCACGCCAGUUCGUCCUCCUCGGAGGACAGUUCCGUUGACAGCGAGGAGGAGGCACGGCGUCGCGAUAUCAAAGAACGUGAUGAGUUUGCCCAACGAUUGAAGCAGAAGGAUGAAGGCCGCACCAGGAAGGUGGUUGAAUCGACUAGCAAGAAGGCUUAUGAGGAAGCAGCCAAAAGGUUGAAGCUCGAAGCGGAAGAUCGAGAUAAGCUGUUGCCGAAGUUGAGGAUCCACUCGCGCCGACAGUACCUGGAGAAGCGGAAGGAUGAUAAGGUUGCGGAACUGGAGGCGGACAUUCUGGACGAUGAGUAUUUGUUCGAGGCGUCGCAGAUUACCGAGCGGGAACGUCAGGACCGGGAGUACAAGAAGAGCUUGCUCCAGAUUGCGAAGGAACAUGAGAAGGCCAGAGAGUUGGAAAGGGUCCAGCGUUAUCAUAUGCCGAAGGAUAUCAAGAAGGGCGACAAGGAGGAGUACGUAGAGGUGGAUGAUAGGGAAAAGGUUCCGAAUGCAGAGCAGAAGAAGUGGGAAGCCGAGCAGUUGGCCUCGGCGGUUUAUAAGUUUGGUUCCAAGGAUGCCAAAGCUCGGCAGCAAGAGGAGUACGAGUUAUUGCUAGAUGAUCAGAUUGAUUUCGUCCAAGCGCUACGACUGGAUGGAACCAAGGAAAAAGACCGGAAACCAGCAGUGUCCGAAGCGGACCGGAAGAAAAUGGACCUUGAGGAAACGAAGAAAUCUCUUCCUGUUUAUCCGUUCAAAGAGGAUUUGAUCGCCGCCAUUAAGGAACAUCAAAUUCUAAUCAUAGAAGGUGAAACCGGAUCCGGAAAGACGACGCAGAUUCCGCAAUAUCUCUACGAGGCCGGGUUCACCAACGACGGGAAGAAGAUAGGAUGCACUCAGCCUCGUCGUGUGGCGGCCAUGUCCGUGGCAGCUCGCGUGGCCCAGGAAAUGGGAGUCAAACUGGGAAACGAGGUCGGCUACAGUAUUCGAUUCGAGGAUUGCACCUCCGAGAGGACCGUCAUCAAGUACAUGACGGACGGUACGCUGCACAGGGAGUUCCUCUCGGAACCGGAUCUGGCAUCUUAUAGCGUGAUGAUCAUCGAUGAGGCUCACGAACGCACGCUACACACGGACAUCCUAUUUGGGCUGGUGAAGGAUAUUGCGAGGUUUCGGGUGGAUUUGAAACUGUUGAUUUCAAGCGCUACUUUGGAUGCGGAAAAGUUUUCGGAAUUCUUUGACGAUGCGAAUAUUUUCAGGAUUCCUGGACGACGGUUUCCGGUCGACAUUUAUUACACCAAAGCACCGGAGGCAGAUUACAUUGAUGCUUGCGUGGUGUCAGUUUUGCAAAUCCAUGCCACCCAACCUCUGGGAGACAUUCUAGUGUUUCUUACAGGUCAGGAAGAAAUUGAAGCCUGUCAGGAGAUGCUUCAGGAUCGCGUCAAGCGAUUGGGUUCCAAACUGAAGGAGUUGCUCAUUCUUCCCAUCUACGCAAAUCUGCCGUCCGAUAUGCAGGCGAAAAUUUUCGAACCAACCCCACCAAACGCCCGGAAAGUCGUCCUGGCCACCAACAUCGCCGAGACAUCCCUGACCAUCGACAACAUCAUCUAUGUGAUCGAUCCCGGAUUCGCCAAGCAGAAUAACUUCAACUCGCGAACUGGAAUGGAAACCCUGAUGGUGGUUCCGAUUUCCAAGGCUUCGGCCAACCAACGAGCCGGUCGAGCGGGACGGGUUGCCCCUGGCAAGUGUUUCCGACUGUACACUGCGUGGGCUUACAAACACGAGCUGGAAGAGAACACGGUUCCGGAAAUCCAGCGGAUAAAUCUGGGCAACGCCGUGCUGAUGCUGAAGGCACUUGGAAUCAACGAUCUUCUGCACUUCGAUUUCCUUGAUCCUCCUCCCCACGAAACGCUGGUUCUAGCUCUGGAACAACUUUACGCCCUGGGAGCACUGAAUCACCACGGAGAGCUUACCAAGUUGGGUCGACGAAUGGCCGAAUUCCCGGUUGAUCCCAUGAUGGCCAAAAUGUUGCUGGCCAGCGAAAAGUACAAAUGCUCCGAAGAGGUCGUCACCAUUGCCGCCAUGCUCUCCGUCAACGGGGCCAUCUUCUACCGUCCGAAAGACAAAAUCAUUCACGCGGACACUGCCCGUAAGAACUUCAACCACAUGCACGGUGACCAUCUCAGCCUGCUGCAGGUCUACAACCAAUGGGCCGAAUCCGACUACAGCACUCAAUGGUGCUACGAGAACUACAUCCAGUUCCGGUCGAUGAAACGCGCUCGGGACGUUCGGGAACAGCUGGUCGGGCUGAUGCAGCGAGUCGAAAUCGAAAUGGUAUCCGGUCUGCCGGAAACUAUCAACAUCCGGAAGGCGAUCACUUCCGGCUAUUUCUAUCACAUCGCCCGGCUUUCCAAGGGUGGCCACUACAAAACCGUCAAGCACAACCAAACGGUAAUGAUCCAUCCGAACUCGGCCCUGUUCGAGGAGCUGCCGAGGUGGGUACUGUAUCACGAGCUGGUGUUCACUACCAAGGAGUAUAUGCGAUCGGUGAUUGAGAUCGAAAGCAAGUGGCUUCUGGAGGCGGCUCCGCAUUACUACAAACCGAAAGAGCUGGAGGAUUCCACCAACAAAAAGAUGCCGAAAACGGUCGGACGGGCGACGUUGACGGAGUAGAAGGUGGCCCUAGGUCACUUCUAUUCGAUUUGUGGUAUGUAUGUGACGAUCUGGUCCCAAUAUGGUUCCCAGAGUUGACGGUCGGAGUGCAAGGAAAUUUCGUAGGCUGACGUUUCCGAACUGGUUUAAGUGAACGUGAACGGAUGAUUGGUAAGUGAAUAGAAUGUAAUUUUAAUCA